UUGCUCGCGAACUUCACGCCGGCAACCAUCAGGAGAGGCGAGCUCUACAUGUGACCGCUUGCUCGUGGUGCUCGAUUAUCUUCUUUUGUCAUAUUCCGCCUAAACGCGCUACACUCAUUGAGUGAAGGCUCAGAACGCUUCUCGUUCUUUUUUUGCGACCACGCGUACUGCAAUCGUAUAAACGCGCGAUCAUCGUCGAGCAGACAGCAUGCGUAUCCUGUUGGUAGCGGCCCUUUUCGGGCUCGUUCAAGGCCAAUACUUCCAGGAACCGAAAAAGAUCGUGAGCUACUCGCAUGAUCUCGGUGACACCCGCGGUCAUUAUUCAUUCUCUUACGAGACUGAGGGCGGCAUACAUCAACGAGAGAGUGGCAGCCGCAAGUAUGCCGGCACUUCCGACGAGACGCAACUCAUUCAGGGCUCCGUGCAGUACAACGCGCCGGACGGUACCCCCAUCGCCAUGAGCUGGACCGCCGACGAGUUCGGCACCCAGGUGUCCGGCACCCACAUCCCCACCCCGCCACCGAUCCCGCCGGCGAUUCAGCGUGCCCUUGAGUGGAUCGCUAAGCAGCCCACGACCCCGGAACCGAUCGAGAAGAACAAUCCGACGCAGAACGCGGUCCCCCGCAGCGACAUUCGCCAAUUUCGAUUAUCGUCAAAUAAACGAAACUGAAUGCGUCACACAAAGUACCGUUAAGUUCGUCCAAAAUUGCCUGUCCUUCCUGUCGCUUCACAUAGAUAACACGCUUUUAAUAAAAAUUUGUACUUUUAUAGAAAUUUUCAAGGCUUAUGUUGUUAGUGGAGAUAGAUUUUGGCACAUACAAGAGUUUAUCCUUCCUGCAUUCCCAUGUUAGUCGAGGGGCGGUUCUAUCAAUAAUAGUGAUUCUCGUACGCUUUCUCAUAGUUUGCGCAUGAUCUCAUAAUCAGAUGGUAAAACGUUUUAAUAUAUAGAGACGAAUCUCUUCUUUUUGUUAUACAUACCAUAUAAGCACAUUUGCUUUUGCCGUUGUCAUCUAAAACUGAAGUGAAUGAUCUACAUCCGAGAUGUAACAUUCAAGCGUGUGUAAACAAAAUGGCAUAAAUAAGUGAGUAUACACUGAGAUUACUCGAUAAAUGCGCUUCAUUUUUUUACACGUACCUGCCUCUUCUGAAAGUAUUAAGUUUCGAUGAACAAAG